AUGCUGUCUCGGCGACUCGCUUCCACCUCCGCGGUAGGACGAUCAUCGAGUCGGAAGAUCGUUCUCGUGGGCGCUGGAUUCCUAGCUUCGUACAUCGCCAAGGCGCUGGUCAUAGAUCCAAAGAAUCGGAUCGUCCUGGUAUCAAGACAUCCAGAGAAGCUCCAUCACCGCCUCACCCAUCUCGGGUCCCAGAUCCUGCCUCCCGUCUCCUAUGAUCUCUCUUCGACCAAUACUGCCCCGUUGAAAGAUGUAUUGAAGGAUGCAGAUGCCGUAGUCUCAAUGGUCGGGUUACUGUCCGCCUCGGCAUCUCAAAUGGUAGAGAUCCAACAGCGUGGAGCUGAACGAGUGCUCCAAGCGGCCAUGGAUCAAGGUGUCAAGAGAAAGGUAUUAAUCAGUGCCAUCGGUUCAGAUAGCAAUGGUGAAACGCCAUACGCCCGGACGAAAGCAGCUGCGGAGAAGGCUUUCUUGAGCGCCGAUCCGACAUCUACCAUCAUUCGACCGUCAAUUAUAUUCGGCCCAGGCGACUCGUUCUUCACUCGAUUCGCCUCCCUCGCCAAGUUCUUGCCGUUCCUACCCGUCUUUGGAGGCGGAACGACAAAAUUCCAGCCGGUGUACGCGGGGGAUGUGGCGAGAGCUGUAGAGAUCGCCUGUAGAGAUGACCCGGAAGUGAUCAAGCGAGUCGGAGGAAAGGUCAUCGAGGCCGGCGGCCCGCGAGUCAUGCCUUAUAAGGAGAUCAUGAAACUCACUCUCAAAUAUUCUGGGCUAGAGGGGCGAAGACUGAUCUUGUCCCUACCGUAUUGGGUCGGCAUGAUCCAAGGCUUCUUCCUGGAAAAACUGCCUGAGUCUCUUUUCACACUCACGCGGGAUCAAGUCAAGCAGCUGAAGCGAGACAAUGUCGUCACACCAGGUCCUGACGAAAAUGCUUUCCAAAAUCUUCUCGCAUCUUUCCCUCCUCCCGGUCCAUCCUCUGCCCCAACAGCGAGCGGAGCUAAUCUCCGAUCGGUGGAAGAGAGUCUACCUACAUAUCUUGGUUCUCGAACCCCUACGGAAAGUGGUAAGAGAACACAUGGUCGUGGAUCCUCCUUGAACGAAGACCAAGUCCGGCAAAUGUCAAAAGGCAGAUAGAUAAAGAUGGCAUCGAUACUUUCGGUGAGCGUACGACAGAUAUGUAUGUAGCGAUUAGGUGAUAUAUAGAUCCAAGUAUGUCGACACUCUGUUUGGCAGACCUCCGCAUCCGCGAAAUCACGCCUCUGGCACCUCAACGGGCUCCAGAUCUGGCAAAUGAUGCCGAUAAGACUUGAGACGUUCCGUGAUCCUCUCCUCUAGGUUCAGUUCGAGAGCGUGCGCGCUGAAAUCUAAUGUGUCAGCUGGUUCAAGGCAAGACUUGCAAAGUUGACUGACUGCCUCCUAUCGCUGAUUCGUCUAGAUUCUAAGCACGGAGCUCCGGACUGUUCACUCACUUCAUCUCAUCUAGAACCCACUGCUCUCUCGUAGAAACAUCCUUCUCCCUUUCGCCAACCGCCUCAUACUUGUGCUUCAGCUC